AUGCGGGCGCAAUUGCGGCGCAAGCGGGUGCGGCGCAAGCAGGGUCCCCAACAGAAGCUGGGCCGCGCAGGACUGGGCGUCAAGAGGCGGCGCUUGGGGCAAGCGGCGCAGGGGAGCCGGGAAAGGGCGGCGGAAGGAAACGAACCCAUCGCGGGGGUGAUCCCCGCGGGAGUGCCCAUCCCCCCUUCGGGAGUAGCGUACGCUGGCGCGGUGCCAGGCGCAGCAGGCGGAGCAGCUGGCGGAGCUUCCGCCAGUGUACCCGCGGAUGCGGUCGCCCCCGCGGGGGGCGCAGUCCAUGCGCCUGGCGCUGGUUUUCCGCCCAUGGGAGGAGGGCAGAUAGUAGGCGGCGCAAUGGGAGGGGCGCAGCUGGGGGAAGUGGUUGAUAUGGGGGGAAUUGGCGGAGGGAUGGGGGGGAUGGGCGGAGGGAUGCGCGGGGGAAUGACAGGCGGAAUGGUGGGCGGAAUGGGUGGUCAACCACCGGAAUGGCCUCGGAGGAGACAGACGGGCACAGAUAAAAGUAGGUACAACUAUGCCUCCGCGAAUCACGGUGCCAAAAUUGUGGACUGCAGCAGUGAGGCGAAACGACCCCAGGCCGUUUUAGACGAGGAUAAGGACAAGUACUUACGCAUCCCGUGCAGUGUAGCGAACAAGUUCCUCGUUAUAGAGCUCUCUGAGUUCCUAGCGCGGAUAGAAACGAUUGUACUAGCCAAUUACGAGUUCUACGCCUCUUCCACAAAAGACUUUGAAGUCUGGGCGAGCAGAAAUUACCCCUCGGAUCGUUGGCACUUUCUGGGAAACUUCUCAGCGCAGAGCGUGCGGACGCCCCAGGCGUUCGAGGUGACAGGCAGCGGAGAUCUAGGGGAUUCAGUGCGGUACGUAAUGGUGCGGCAGCUGUCGCACCACGGGGCGGAAUUCUUCUGUACGCUGAGUCUGGUGCGAGUGCACGGGGUGAAUGAGCUAGAUGGGCUCAGGGAGGAGAUGGAGGCAAUGACUAGGAUGAUGGGGGCGGGCAGGCAGGCCAUGCCUGCUGCUCCUCCGGGCAGGCAGGGUGUUGCUGCUGCUGCUGCUGCGCCGACGCUACCGGUGGUUCCUCAGGCGGUUAUCGCUCCAGUGGUUACCACUCCUCAAGCGGUUACCAUCCCUCAAGUGGUUACCACUCCUGAAAUGGUUACCACUCAAGAGGUUAUCACUCCACAAGUGGUUACCAUUCCCCAUGUGGUGACGGUGGGGUCUGUGGGCUUAGAUGAUUCAGUGGGUUCAGAGGGUUCCAGAGCGGUGCCAGCCCAGGCAGAGGGGUCUGAUCCACCGUCCACUGUUGGACCUUCUGAGCAAUUGCCGCCACUCUCUGUGCCCGCCGCUGCAGAAGCAGCAAGCGCUGCUGCUCCCACAAGCUCUGCCUCUUUUCAUGAAUCUUCCCAACCCGUCCAGACUCCCCAUCCUCUUCCUGCCUCUCCGCCUCCCCCUCCUGCUGCUCCUUCUGCUGCUCCUCCCAAAGAUGCGGCCGCGUCUACAGCUUCUCCUGCUGCGGCUGCUGCAGAUGCGCCUGUUGCCACUUCCAGUGAGUCAGCAGGCGCUCCAAGCAACACAGGGGCGAGUGAGGAACCUGGGAGCACAAGGGGCAGCAUGGCCGACAAUGGGAGUUCCACAGGUGCACCUGGCGCCAUCGCACAACCACCAGCUUCUGGCUCUGUCCCUUUGGGAAACUCGCCUGCUGCGGAAGCUGCCAGUGGGAAGGCCGAGGAGCAGUCUGGUGGGAGCAGUAGAGUGGGCGUAGAAGGAGGAGAAGAGGCAGGUGUGGUGUAUGGGGGGGUGGAAGAGCGAGGUGGGUUGAUCCAGCGCGGUACUGAGAGGGAGGGGGGAGGGAGCAGCGAGGGCAGCAGGGAAGGCAGCAGUAGAGUGGUGCCUGAGGAAGGAGUGGAUUCGGUAAGGAGUAUUGGUGGCAGUGGCGGCAGGAACAACAUCAGUGGUAGAGGCAACGUCACGAGCGGCAGUAGCAGCACAGGGGACAGUGGUAGCAGCAACGCCACCACAGGGAGCAAUGGAGGCUCGAUUCAGAGCAGGGGGGAAGUGGAGGGGAGGGAAGCGGAGAAGCUGAUGAUAAGUACGAAAGCAAAGGGGACAGUUGACAAGGGGAGUGUUGAGGGGAAAUCUGGUGCGGUUGCGGCAGGUGAAGCGGCUGGGGAGGAGGGGAGGACGGGGGGAAGGCAUGGGGUGGGCAGGUUGGGAGAGGGAGAGAGUGAGAAGCUGGCUGGGAAGGGAGAAGGUGCAGGAUGUGCGUCUGUGGAUGGAGUAGCAGGGCACAGGGGAGCAGCAGCGGGGGCAGAUGCUGCUUCUGGGUGUGAUGCUGGGGGAGGUGUGGAGAUGGGUGCGGCUGUGGUAGGAGACGGUUCCAAUGUAGAAAGGGCACGUUCUGAGGCAGGCGUGGGGGCAGGCGUGUGGGCAGGCGCUGAGGCAAGCGUUGAAGCAGGCGCUGUGGCAGGUGGUGAGGGAGGUGGUGGGGGAGGUGGUGGGGGAGGAAUAGGGGAGGUGAAGCGUGAAGGCGGAUUUUCAGCACCAGUGAGCGGAGAAGGUAGUGAGAAGCUUUCUUCUUUGGAGGAGGAGGUGACAGGAGCUUCAGAAGGGCGAGAAGCGAAGGGAGGGAGUGGGGUGGAAGGAGGAAGGGAAGGCAGCGGGGCGGAGGAGGAGCAGAGUGAUUCUGGUGGUGAUGGGAGUGAGCCGGCUAGACGAGAGUUUGGGGGAAUGAGAGAAGCUGAGGGGGGAGAUUUGAAGUUGCUGGGUAAGGGAUUAGGUUCGGAUGAGGCUAGACACGUGGCAGGGGAGAAGCAGGAGAAUGUGGGGGAUGUGGGAAGGGGAGUGAGAGAGGAAGUGGGCGAGGGUAAGGAGGCUCGGUUGGGGAGAGGCGAGUUGGAAGCAGCCGUUGGGGAUGGCAGAGGCUCGUCUCUGACUGGUUUAGUUAAAGGAGAAGAGAAGGCAGAGGCAGAGGCAGAGGCAGAGACAGAGACAGGGGCAAGGGCAGGGGAGGGGGCAGAGGCAGGGGCAGAUGCAGUGGGAGGGGCCAAGCCGGAGGCAGCGGCAAAGGCAGAUCCCAGCAUUGGGUCUGGCGGUGGGAUCUCCGUUUCUGCUUCCCAAGAGCCGCAAGGUCAAGCAGGCGAUGUUGAUAUGGUAGGCAGCAAGGCAGGUACAGGAUCUAGUUCAUCUAGUCGGGUAGGUGUCCCCCCCACUGCUCCCUCCAUGCCAUCCGCUGCCACACCCUCACACCAGGGCUCUGCCCCCGGGGCUGGUUCAUCUGGUGGGGCAGGUGCGCUGGGAGAGGGAGGUUCGGAAGUUAUGGAAGGUUCGGGUGAAAAGGCAGGUGCAAAUGGGAGGGCAGGAGCACGUGAAAGGGAGGCAGGAGAAGCAAAGAUGGAUGGGGAGAAUGGAGGGGAGGGGGAGCGAGUCAGAAGCAAUGUGGUGGAGGGUGGAGGGGGGAGCAGUCUGGGAGCUGCUCCUUCAGGUGGAUUGUCAGGUAGUUUAUCCGACAAGGUAGAGAGCGUUCAGGUGAAAACAGCAGGGCCAGGCGUGGAGCAGGCGUCACCAUCGGCAGCAGCAGCAGAUGGCCGGCAGACAGGUGCUUUUGAUGCGGGCGGCAAUAAAAUCCAAGAAUCUCGGGAAGAACGACCUACGGCAGGCGACAGGAGUCAGAGAGAAGAUAGCAGUGUUGUAGUCAACAGGAAAACAAUAGAGAAUGGUGGAAAGCCCAUUAAGGAGGAUGGGACUGACAAUGAGCCAGAGGCGAAGCGCGGGAGCAGCACCACCAUCACCAGCAGCACCAGCAGCAGCACCAUCACCAGCACCAUCAGCAGUGGGGUAGGAGGGGAUGCAAGUAGCACAGCAGCAGGCAAUAAAGAGACGGGUACUGGCACAAUGGCCGCCAGUGGGACAGCCACUGAUGCGACAGCAAGCACUGCAGUAGGCAAUAACGGAGCCCUCAUUAGUGGAGCUCAGGUGGUCACCAGUACCACCCCCUUCAGCAUCAGCAGCAGCGGCAGCAGCUUUGCCGGUGCUGCCAGCAACCUGUAUGGGCUCAAGUCGCUGAUGCACAUGGUGAGGCAGUGGGAGGACAAGCAGGCGGUGCUGGAGCAGUAUAUUGAAGACAUGGCUGCAUCGUACGCUGCUAACCUUGCUUCUACGGAUGCUGAGCUGCUCUCGUUGAGGACUCGCCUGCGGAAUGCUACUGGUACCAUCGCAGGGCUGCAGGCGCAGCUGCAGAAUGCGGAGCGGCGGCAUGGGAAGGAUUUGGAGGACGUGCGAAAGGAUGUGUCUGAACAAAUGGAGAGCCUUCAACAAAGCAUCAAUAAUGCCAGAAAUAAUACCCGUGUACUCUUGUUUCUGUCAGUGAACUGUUGUUUCUGCCCGUAUACUCUCGCUACUGCCCGUCUACCCUCGCGCGGCGCGCUGCAGAUGAAGCAGCCAAUAGCGGUGGAGGAUGUGGAGCGGGAGGUGAAGAUCCUGCAGCUGUUGUCGGGCCAUCCCAACGUGGUUCAGUUUAUCGACGUCUUUGAAGACACGGAACUCGUGUACAUUGCCAUGGAGUUAUGUGAAGGAGGAGAGCUGCUUGACAGGAUUCUGGGAAAGAAGGACAACCGGUACUCGGAGAAGGACGCUGCGAGUGUGGUGAGGCAGAUGCUCAACGUGGUGGCGCGCUGUCACCUGAACGGCGUCGUGCACCGCGACCUCAAGCCCGAGAACUUUCUGUUCGCCAACAAGACGGAGGAAUCACCUCUCAAGGCCACCGACUUUGGCCUCUCGGACUUCAGAAAGCCAGGCAAGCACUUCACGGACGUGGUGGGCAGCGCCUAUUACGUGGCUCCCGAGGUCCUCAAGAGGCGGUCGGGGCCGGAGAGUGACGUGUGGAGCAUCGGGGUCAUCACGUAUAUCUUGCUGUCUGGCAGACGACCGUUCUGGGAUAAAACAGAGGCCGGCAUUUUCAAUGAGGUGCUGAAGAAGAAACCCGACUUCAGGGAGAAGCCAUGGCCGCAGAUCUCCACCAGCGCCAAGGACUUUGUCAAGAAGCUGCUCAAGAAGGACCCCCGUGCUCGCCCCACCGCUGCACAAGCCCUGUCUCACCCAUGGGUGAAGGAGGGAGGCAAUGCUUCGUCCAUCCCGCUGGACAUAGCAGUGCUGUCCAACAUGCGGGAGUUUGUCAAGUACUCACGCCUCAAGCAGAUGGCGCUCAAGGCGCUAGCGACCACUUUGGAGAGCACGGAGGUGCAGCAGCUGAGGGACCAGUUCAACGCAAUGGACAUCAAUGGGGACGGCACCAUCACCAUCGAUGAAAUCCGACAUGCGCUCAACAAGGACCUGCCGUACGAAGUGAAGGAGACCAAAGUGGUGCAGAUCUUGCAAGCGAUGGACACCAACUGUGACGGCAUCAUUGAUUUUGACGAGUUUGUGGCGGCCACGCUGCACGUGCAGCAGCUGGAGGAGGCUGAUUCAGCCAAGUGGGAGGAGCGCUCCAAGGCAGCAUUCAACCACUUCGACACGGAUGGAGAUGGCUUCAUCGACGCGGAGGAGCUGAGAGUGGCGGCGCAAGUGAAGGGGUCGCUGGGGCGAUUGAUAGACGAGGGGGAUGUUGACGGGGAUGGGCGAAUCAGCUUGCCCGAGUUUCAGAAGCUUCUGCGCUGCGCCAGCAUUAACUCUCGCACUAACACCACCUCGCGAUCGCGCGGCCGCUCGGGCUUCGGAGCAAUUGCUGAAUGGUUUUAUGGCAUGAUUGAAACCCAUGAUCAACCCAACGUCCAGAUGGUUCGGCUCAUUCGGGAGCCCAAUAACGCGUACGACCGCAACGCCAUUCGCGUGGACAACAUCAGAGGGCAGAAGGUGGGCCACGUGGAGGCCAAAAUGGCCUGCCACCUGGCGCCGCUUGUCGACGCGGGAUUGGUCGCAAUCGAAGCUCCUGAGGCUGCAUCCCGCCUGCUCUCUGCCAGAGUGGCUCUGGUGGAAACCAACAGCCUCCCUGGUUCUGACACUUUCGGGGAAGCUUCCCCCUCUGGUUCGUUACAGGCUGCUUCGGCUGCUGCGUCAGUGGCUGCUGCUUUGGCAGCGCGACGAGCCGCGAUGAGCCAAGCAGAACAGGACAAGGCGGUCUUAUCCAUGUUUGAUGACCUGGCAUGCCAGGUGGAAGCGGAUCGGCCCACCGCGGAUCCGCCUUGCCACGUCAUCAGGUCGUCCCUCCUGCCACAUCAGCAACGGGCGCUGGCGUGGAUGAUCAAGCGGGAAAGCGCGAAGAAGCUUCCACCGUUUUGGAAAGCCGGGGCCUUAGAAUCUGGGAGCAGCAGCAAAGGGAAGAGAGGAGGGAGAGGAGGAGGAGGGAGGGGGGCCGGGAGACAGGGCAGGGGAGGCCGGGGAAGAGGAAGUGAGGUACAGGGAGGGGGUGCAGGAGGGGUGGAGGGAGGAGCGGGAGGGGGAGAUGGGGAGGAGGACGAUGGAGAUGAUGGGGGGGAGGGCGGGGGGCGAGUGUUCACCAACAUUCUCACCAACUUCACGACAGAGGAGAGGCCUAAGGCGCUGAGGGGAGGAAUUCUGGCUGAUGACAUGGGGCUGGGGAAAACGCUCUCCCUGCUCUCCCUUGUCGCUUCAACCUCUGCUGCUGCUGCUGACGCUGGUGAAACACAAGCUAUCGGCACCUCCUCCACUGGUGCUGCUGAUGGGGUGCAAGGGGAGCAGAGCAGGGCGACGCUAGUGGUGUGCCCUCUGUCCGUUCUCUCCAACUGGACGGCACAGCUGGCAGAGCACGUGGCACCAGGAGCGCUGAGCUACUAUGUGUACCACGGGGCAGAGCGUGUGAGAGACCCGAGCUUCCUCUCUGGCUUUGACCUUGUCUUUACCACCUACAACAUCCUCGCUUCUGAGUGCCCCCCUUCCUCUGCCUCCACUGCUGCUGCAGCUGCUGGUGGUGCUGCUGCUGGUGCUGCUGGUGGUUCUUCUGCUGGUGCUGGUAGGGGCGGGGCAAGGGGAAUGGCAGAGGCACAGUAUGCUGACAGUCCGCCGCCCUCCCCGCCUUCCAUUCCGGGGUGCCCAGGAAUGCUCAUGCCGGCUUAUGCGGGCAUGCCAGGGGCGCGGGGAAGGAAGAGGAAGGCGCCAGGGGCCGCAGCGCAAGGGCAGAGGAAGCGAGGGGGGAUGGCAGGGACGGCGGGAGGAGCAGGGAGCAGUAGUAGGAGCACUGCAGGAGCUUCAACAGCAGGAGGAGCGGGAGCAGAGACAGCAGGUGGAGGGCCAUUGAUGCAGGUGAAAUGGAGGCGGGUGAUUCUAGACGAAGCGCACGUGAUCAAAUCCGUGCGGACGCGGGCUGCGCGGGCGGUGACAGCACUGCAGGCGGAGAGGCGGUGGGCAGUGACGGGCACUCCGGUGCAGAACCAGCUGGGGGAUCUCUUCUCGCUGCUCUGCUUCCUGCGCCUUGAUCCUCUUAAUGAUCGUUUGAUCUGGACCCGCGCGAUCGAGCGGCCAAUGAGGGAGCGCCAGCACAUUGGGCUGGACAGAUUGAGGGCACUGGUUCUCACGACGGCUCUAAGGCGCACCAAGGACAUGCAGGUGAAUGGCCGGCCGCUGCUGUCACUCCCUCCGAAGACUGUACGAGUGCUGCCAAUCGACUUGCUGCCAGAGGAUCGGGAUCUUUACGACCAAGUGCAGGAGGAGGUGCGGCGCCUUGUGGGUGGCAUGAUGGCACAGGGUACGUUGAUGAAGAACUAUGCUACAGUGCUCGAGAUGAUCCUACGGCUCAGACAGAUCGCAGACCACAAAGGCCUCUGUCCGCCGCACGUUCUUGAGGCCAUUGCUGCGUCUGCUGCUGCAGCAGAAGAAGCAGACAGAAACCAGGAUGCAAAAGCUGCAGUUCCUUUGGAUCCCCUUCUGAGUCAGAAGCUUCAGGAACUUCUGGCAGCAGGAGCAGCCGACGAGGACUGUCCCAUCUGCCUCUCUCCUCCCACUCUUCCUGUCAUCACACCCUGCUCUCACAUCUUCUGCCGCCGCUGCAUUCGCCGGGUUUUAUCCAUCCAGAAGCAUGCCUGCCCCAUGUGCAGAGCGCCAGUAGAUGAGGCUCAUCUGGUGGAGGCUCCACCUGAUGCUGCAGAAGGAGAGGGUAGUGGCGCUAAUGGGGAUCAUUCCAAGGGGGGCUUGAUGGAAGGGGUUGAGGGGAAUACAAGUGCCAAGAUUGAUGCCCUUAUUGCUGCUCUCCGUGAGCCUCUUCAGGUGCCACCAGGGUACCAACCUCCAGAGGGUGGAGCUGCUAUUGCAGGGCCUAGUGCAAUGGGAGGAGGUGAUGGGCGUCAGCAGCAGAGGGUUAAGAGUGUUGUGUUUUCUCAGUUCACUCGAAUGCUGGAUUUGGUGUAUGAGAGGUUACAGGCUGCAGGAUUCAAGUGCUGUAGAUUGGAUGGCCGCACCAAGCUAAGUGUGAGGGAGAAGGCUAUUGCAGAGUUCAACCGAGUGGAUGACGAUUCUCCUACAGUUUUCCUUGUGGGGCUCAGAGCAGCAGGUGUGGGUCUGAACCUUACAGCUGCAUCACGUGUGUUUCUGCUUGAACCUUGGUGGAACCCUGCUGUGGAGCAACAAGCAAUGGACCGAGUCCAUCGCAUUGGACAGGAAAAUCUGGUGGAUGUCGUGAGAAUGGUUGCUGCUGACAGCAUAGAAGAACGAAUGCUGGUGCUUCAGGAGAGAAAAAGAGCAAUUGCACGUGCUGCCUUUGAACGUAGAUCCGCUGAAGAUCAGCAACUACUUCGGAUGGAUGAUGUGCGUCUGCUGAUGGACAUGUAA